CAUAGAAUAAGAACGAACAGGUCCUCUAUCGUUUCCUACAUAGUCUGUAGGUUUUGCAGCCACAAUCAAGGAAGGAAGAAAAUGGCGUCGAACGCGGCGGUGCCGUUCUGGCGUGCAGCGGGCAUGACGUAUAUCACCUACUCAAACAUAUGCGCCAAUCUCGUCAGAAACUGCUUGAAGGAACCCUACAAGACUGAAGCCCUUGCUCGUGAGAAAGUCCAUUUCUCUAUCUCCAAGUGGACCAAUGGAAAGCCUGAAAAGCCCACUCUCCGCUCAGAUUCACCUGUAGAAUGAGUUGCAAGGUUGGUCAUUGAAGUGUCUAGAUGGGAAGGAGUUUAAUCUAUUUUUUGUAAUUUUUCUGUAAUGUCCAAAACAUGUGGACAAAUUUCAGGCUUCGAGAUGGAUGUUUUACUUCAUAAUAACGUAUGUUGCAAAUAGACUGAAGUUGGCCCUUUCAUGGGCACUCUGCAUCUUAAGUGCUGCUGUCAGGUUGUUUCGGCUGCACCUAGAAAAACAGUCUCUUUUCGUGAGUAUUGGUGGAAUGUUUACUUCGCGCAUGCCCACUGGGCACUUGCUACGUGUUGAAUGGUCAAUUUUUGUGUAUUUGUUGAUUAAUUCCG